UCGCUGCUUUGGAACUGGCAUCAUGAAGACCCUCUUGACGUUAUCUUUAGUUCACCUCCUUGUCGCUGUGACUUUUUGGAGGCAUGGAGAAUCAAAAGUCCUGGAGGUCCACUGUACCCUCACUUGGUUACAAGUCAACCUUAAAGCCCUGACCAUUGGUGAUUGGUAUUUGCUCUCUGAUGAGGUGUUUCUGGGCCAUGGAUGCCCUGUGACCAACGUGUACGAAGAUAUGUAUGUAUUCUUGUAUCCCACUUCAGACUGUGACAUUAAAUCUCAGGUUUUCAGAAGGAAAAUCAUUUUUAGGACUCAACUGACAUUUAUUUCGAGAACAACACCAAUGAGGGGAUUCACACCCAUCUCAUGCACUGUUCGGCGAGAGAAUUCCUCGUCAUUACCUGCAACUUCAUUUAUUCAUCCAAGGUACUGUGUUCAGAAAGCAGGCCGAAUGGUUGGCAUCUCCAACUUACCAAGAAUUUUACAACAGUAUAAAAUGCGCAAACAUAUGUUGCUCAACGUCUAG